AUGAUAACCAAUGGGGAAAUAAUUAGUUUAGUGGCCAUCGAUUGUAAUAGAUUUGCAGAUGAACUUCAUUUAGUAAUAUUUUCACUCGUAUCGCCCAUACAAUCGGCCAUUAUAUUUGGCCAGUUAUAUAGGGAACUGGGUCUAAUAUCGGCACUGUCAGGUCUGGCUAUACUAACCGGUCUAAUAAUAUUAUGUGCUAUUAUUGCCAAAUAUACUAAACAAUUGAUUGGCAAACAAAUGUCCGAAAAAGAUAAACGCUUGGAUUUAACUAACAAUGUUAUCAAUGGUAUUAAAGUUACAAAAUUAUAUUCGUGGGAAAUGGCAUUUCAUGGGAUUAUUUGUAAAUUAAGAUCCAAUGAGAUCAGACACUUGCGUUUGGCAACCCUAUUGAAUACCAUAUAUUUUGUUUUGGCUACCAGUGCGCCCUAUUGGAUAAUAUUUGUUGGCCUGGUGCUAUAUGUUUUGGUUUCUAAUGGUCAUAAUGGUGCUGCUGGUGGUGGUAGUGGUGGUAGUGGUGGACAACCACCACCACCUCCUCCUAUGACUAUGACUGCCCAAAAAUUGUUUAUACCCCUAGCCCUGGCACAGUCACUAACUAAUGUACUAAUGAUGUUCCCCCAGGGGGUCAGUUCACUAAUAUGGAUUUGGAUUUCAAUUAAACGAUUGGAAAGAUUUUUGAAUCUACAAAACAAAUGUGAUUACAUUAAAUGUAACAAUAAAAUCAAUAAUAAUAAUAAUAAAUAUGCAAUAAAAGUAAUUGACGGCAGGUUUGAAUGGGGAUCGGUAGCUAAAAACUACCCGAUUGUUAACAAAACCACUACUACUACUACUACUACAACAACUAGAUUUAUGUUGAAAAAUAUUAAUUUGCAAAUAAUUAGCAAACAAUUUGUGGCUAUUGUCGGUAAUGUAGGCUCUGGUAAAAGUUCACUACUGGCGGCACUGUUAGGCGAAAUGAACUGUUUGACACCGGGGAGUGCCGGUGUUACCUAUGCUAGCGGUAACGGCGCCGGCGGCCGUCCAGACAUAGCCUACUGUUCACAGCAGCCAUGGAUACUGAAUAUGUCGGUCAAACAGAAUAUAUUGUUUGGCAAACCAUAUGAUAGUCAGAGAUACGGUCGGGUAGUUCAGGGCUGUGCUCUCGGACCUGAUCUAAGACAACUGUCCGCUACGGACGAGACAGAAAUUGGCGAAAAGGGUGCAAAUCUGAGUGGCGGUCAAAAACAACGAAUCAGUUUAGCCCGAGCUGUCUAUUCAGAUGCCGACCUAUACCUACUGGACGAUCCCUUCAGCUCAGUGGACAGUCAUGUGGCCAGACAUCUAAUGUUUGAGGUGUUCAGCUCGCGGACAGGUAUACUAAAACAUACCACUAGAUUACUGGUAACAAACCAGUUGUCCACAGUUUUAUCAACGGAAGUCGAUUUGAUUAUAUAUCUAAUCGAUGGCCAAAUCAGUGCAAUUGGUUCAUAUGAUUCACUAAUAAAUCAAUGCAAACUGUUUAAUGAUUUUGUUAAUAAUAGACAAUAUUCAUUGCAAACAGUUUGUUUACUUGAAAUAUGGCCGACAAAUGUCCGUAUGGUUGGCAACGGUUACGAUAGUAUUUUUUCUGCUAUCAUAUACUACCCGAAUAUGUAUAAACUUAUGGUUAAACACAUGGAGCCAGUCAUCGGUAGCUACCGGUUCCCAACAACAACAACAACAACCUAUUGGCUACUAUUUUCAUGUAUUGGCCGCCCUGGUCCUGGUCCAAUUGAUAACAAUAUUUAUUGGCCGCCUAGCACUGGUAUACGGUUCGAUGAGGGCAUCCGAUAG